CAAGGUGUUCUUGGCAAAUGGUGUUGCAUCCCAUCUCCUCCUCAUGUCUUGCACGGGGCAGAAGUCCCACGUUCAAAAUCCCUUCUUUUUCUUCAGGUUUUGAACGAGUAUUUCCACAACGUCUGUGAGCUUGACCUGGUCUUCAACUUCUACAAGGUCUACACGGUGGUGGAUGAGAUGUUCUUAGCCGGGGAAAUCCGGGAGACCAGCCAGACGAAAGUGCUGAAGCAGCUGCUCAUGCUGCAGUCGUUGGAAUGAGAGCGGGCGUCGACGGCACUGGGUUUCUCCUCUUCGGAUCCUGCCGCUUCCUGCCAGGCCCAUAUCCCUUCACCGGUGCCCUGAAUCAGAGACUUGCUUGGCGGAAAUGUCGCUCGCCCCUUAACCCAGAGCUGAAGGCUGGCAGGGAGGGAGCAUUUGGGGACAGGCGUCAGUUGGGGUUUCUCCUCUGUUGUCCCCCUCGCCGCCUUGGAAGGCAGGGGCAGUGGAAGAUGGAGAGCUUGCAGGUUAGGGAUGCCCUGCCUUAUUUUGUCAAGAGGGAGGGGAUUUGAAGAGGAGAGACCUCCUACCUCCCCCCCAUUGCCAUUUGAUAUGCUGUUGCUCUCCACCCUCCACAUCGCUGCCCCCUUCCCAUCUAGCCAUCCGUGUAAAUGCGUCGUGCUGCAUCUGCAGAAGAGGGACCAUAACUCUGUGUGUGUGUGUGUGUGUGUGUGUAUUCGUGCACCUGCAUGGGCACCUGUGAUAAUUGGAUUUGAGUGGUUCAACUGCCAUAAAGUGAUGACCUGAAAUAAACCAUCCAUCAAACUCUGAAAA